AUGCACAUUUCCCUGAAUAUUUUCGUUCUUAACUCAUCAGUUUUCCAGUACCUCGUUUAUUUUCCAUUGACUUUUCAACGCUCCUUUUAUUUCCAGUCAUCAUGUACUUCGUUUGUUUUUCAUAUGUUGCCAAAAUUUUGUGAUAACAAUUUUUAAUUGAAUGUUAUGUACCCUUGAUAUUGACAUGUUUACUUGAGAAAAGAUAACAAAAGAACGUUUUUCUUAAUUUUAUCAUUUUUAUCAAUUGUUUUCCUUCUCUUUUGCUAUUUUUUAUUUUAAAUAUUUUCUAAUUUUAAGAUUGAUUUUAAUAAAUAUGUAGUUAUUUCUUUUAAUAUUAUUUUUGCAGCGUAAUGUCAACCAAAAAAGAGAGGAGGAACAUUGUGACAGGCAUGCGGUCCUAUCACGGUCGGACUCUUCCUUUUUUACUUCUCAUUUUUUUUCUCGUCAUUCAGAAGACUCCUCUGACAGCAGUUUUGUCGCCCGCAGGGUAGUCAACUU